AUGCCAUCAGCAACGUCUCAGCCAGCCUUGAGCUUCACCCCUUUACAUCCGACAUUCGGUGCUUCAGUGGAGGGAAUGAAGUGGGAAGCGCCAGUAUCACAGCAUUCUGUUGCCGAAAUUCUUGACGGAGUGCACAAGUAUGGAGUUCUCGUUUUCCGGAAAGCCAACCUCGACAACGAGCAGCACAUCGAAUUCUCACGCCAAUUCGGGGAACUUGACGACGUCAAGGCGCACAUCCGCGCCGGUCGGGCAAUGAGAUUUCCUCACCAGCCUCAAAUUUUCGACGUCUCCAAUCUGGAUGAGAAGGGCAACGUCUUGACUGACGUGGAACCCGCGCGUCUAGGGGCGAACAAAGGAAACUUGUUGUGGCAUGCGGACAUGGCGUACAAUCCACAGAGAUGCUCGUACUCUUUACUCCGCGCCGUCGAAUUGCCACCCAAGGGCACAGGGGGAGAGACGCAGUAUUUGGACUCGCGAACUGCCUACGAAGAUAUGCCUGAGCAACUACGAGCCAAGAUUGAUGAUUUGAUAACCAAUAAUUCUCUCAUGCACAACCGCAAGUUGGCAGCUCCCGAUAUUUUCAAAGAUGUCGAGCCACUGGACAUGCCAAUGUCGCGACACCGCCUCGUGCAACUGCAUGAGGAUUCAGGGCGCAAGAAUCUCUACGUCACAACCUAUGCCCAUCAUUUCGACGAGAUGACGAUGGAAGAGAGCAAACCACUUCUCGACGAGCUUCUAGCUUGGGUUUCUCAGCCAAAGUACAUGCUGACUGUGUCAUGGGAGAACGACGGCGAUCUUGUCAUGUGGGACAACCGCACAGUCUUGCAUCGCGCCACGGCUACGGGGAGCUAUGGAGGCAAACACCGACGGGACAUGAGGCGCACGACUGUCAAGGAUGGUGGGAACUCCGGGUGGGGAGAGAACGGUGUGGGCUGUAGCUGGCAAGCUGGGCUUUCGAAAUAA